AUGUCUCAACAGGCGACUCCGGGCCGCACAAAAUCAUCUCGACAUUUCGUUGCUGGACUAGGUUCCGGCAUUGCAUCGGCAGUGCUGCUGCAACCGCUUGACCUACUCAAGACUCGUGUUCAACAAUCUGGCCACCGGUCACUGACGUCGUAUCUCAGGGAGGUUGCCGCUGCUCCCAACAAGAUCCAGACGCUUUGGCGCGGCACAAUCCCGUCAGCCCUCAGGACCGGCUUCGGUUCGGCCCUCUACUUCACAUCCCUCAACUCCAUCCGCCAGCAUGUGGCCCAGUCGCGCUUAUUGAGCCAAGCCGCCGGCAACAGGGCAGCACACUCGUCCUCACUACCGACGCUAACCCCAUCGGCCAAUCUGGUCGCCGGCGCCGUCGCCAGGACGUUUGCCGGUUUUGUCCUCAUGCCGUUGACCGUCAUCAAGGUUCGAUAUGAAUCCAAUUUGUAUUCCUACAAAUCCCUACUCGGCGCGUCUUCGGACAUAUACAGGACGAAUGGUCCGCGAGGAUUCUUUGCUGGCUUCGGUGCUACCGCCGUCCGUGAUGCACCUUACGCGGGCAUGUAUGUAUUGUUCUACGAGCUGCUCAAGAAGCAGCUUAGCAGUCUGUCUACUCGAAAAGACAGUCCCAAUCCGAAUCGCCCCGUCGCCAUUACAACAUCACAUGCAACGCUAGUCAAUUUCAGCUCUGCCGUCAUGGCGGGUGGAGCGUGCUCCGUCAUCUCGAAUCCUUUCGAUGCUAUCAAAACGAGGAUUCAACUGCAGCCAGCUGUUUACAGAAACAUGUACCAGGCUUGCCAGAAGAUGAUUUCGGAAGAAGGUGUUCGGUCACUUAUGGAUGGUGUUGCGCUCCGCAUGAGCAGAAAAGCAAUGAGUUCAGCUUUGGCCUGGACUGUGUAUGAAGAACUGAUGAGAAGAGCUGAACGCACUUGGUCCUCAAACUUGACGACGACAACGACAGCGGAGCCAUAG